CGCCACUCCAUAGACAGAUAGGCUGUCCCCCAAGGCAGGCUAGACCACACCACACCACAUCACACCACACAGAGUCCAUCACCACGCAUCUUUGACACACACGUGGCAAAGCUAUGUCUGUCCUGCCUGUCUGUCUGGGGCAGCUCGCCAGAUGGUUGCAACGGUCUAUGUCGGUUGGUCUGUCUGUGGGGCAGCCAACCAGGCUGGCUACCCCACAGCACACCCACGCAGACACUCACACGUCGAUGUAGAGAAAGAUAUAGAUAUACAUCCCCCACUCUCACACAUCGUCGCCACGGCCAACGAAGAAACGGCGGAAGGGGAUGGCCGAUCUCAGCGCCAUGCGACGGCCACCGCACCACCCCUCAGGUCAUCCACCACCCGUGCCGCUGCAGCUCUGCCUCCAGAACGGCGAUGAGGCCAAUGCGGCAUUGCUUUGCCGCUAUCAGGAUGACGAAGCCGCCGAUCCGAGUGCGGUUGGGCACCAGCUGCCAGAGAGCGUUGCGGAGCUGGCUGUCACCACGACACCCUCCAGGCCGCGCACGCCGCCGCCAAGCAGAGAAGAGAUGCCGUCCCGGAUGCUCACGGCAACGGCAGGGAUGUCCUCCAAACCAUCGGGUGGUACUGAGUGAACACACACAGAUACACGGCAGCAAGCAAUGCACACACACGAGGCAUCCAUCAAUCGGCCGGCAGGCCACUGCACUCACUGCAUACCUUUGAGGCACACGUCUAUCUUGCGAAUCUCUGCAGCCGUCAAACACACUCGGGCUGAGGGCUGAACACCUCCGGAUCGCUGCAGCUGCCGACGGCGACCAGAGACACACCCCCUUCUGUCGGUCGAUAGGCCGCCGAAGCGUACCGCCCUCACGUCGUGGGCAUCUUGUCCGGAAGACGACCAGUGCAGUGCAUCGCCGGAGGCUGCCCGUGGUGUGGCCAGCUGAUCAGCCCAUUCCCAUCUGCCGGCACGUCGAGCACCUGGGCGACGGACUCACACUCACACUCGAACCGGCACCAGCAGAACCACCAAGACACACCUGACACACGGCACACAACACAGCACAACAGAUGGAUGUACAGUACACGUAACCAGAAAGGAUGAGUGUUGUGUGGACAUUGUAUGAUCGUACAGCCCUCUCUCAAUGCAUUGCGUGGGUGGAGUGACGGAUGGACAAGGAUUCACCAUUCAACCAACUGAGAAGGACGGAAU